AUGUCAACAACAGAGAACACAACAACAGUUAUAGUCCAUGAAGCUAUAAAUGAAGAAUAUGAGUACAUACAGUUUAACAAACAACUCCGUCUCAUUUGUUCGGUCAAAGACGAUAUGUACCAAAUGCAAAGUAUUUUGACAGCAUGUUUUGCUCCAGAUACUAAGAAACCACAAGACUGGUUUAGGAACCAAAGCACACAAGAACUUUUGAGCGAAGCACAGCGAGACAUACUUUUUUCUGAAAACAGUGAAGAACAGCGAGUAAGUAAAAAACCGCAGUCGCCAAAACUCUAUGAAAACAGUGAAGAACAGCGAGUAAGUAAAAAACCACAGUCGCCAAAACUCUAUGAAAAUCGUGAAAAAUUGCCAAACGGUUUGAGAGGAUAUUAUGUACAUAGACUUCUUGUAAAUGCUGUUGCAAUGUGGGCUUCGCCUCGUUAUGCUUGGUAUAUUUACAGACUUCUUGACGAAAUUCAUAGACAAGAACGUGAAGAGAUGGAAAACAAGCUUGAAGCAAAAGACAAAAGCAUUCAGAAAAGAAUACCACGUUCGGUACCAAAAGGAAAGGAAAAGAACUAUAAGUAUAUGAUUUAUACUGAAGAGAUGGAAAAUGAAGAAGAUAAAGAUAUGGUUAUGUUGCAUUUAGUCAGAAGAAACAACAAAAGCUUUUACGACCUUGCUAAGAUUUACAAAUCUGACAGAAAUUGGUUCUAUCGCGAAAACUUACCGAUUUCAAUGACCCCAAAUGAAGAUGUGAAACAAAUAGUUCAAGAUACGUUACCUCAAACACACUAUGAUAUGAAAGGUUGUACAAUACUUACCUUCAAAGAAGAUUUGCCAUUGUUAAAGGAAAAAAUAACAGAGUAUUUUGACAACUUCAAACAAGUAGAGUAA